UUGGCAACAGAUUAGAUUCGUCGUCUCCCGUGUUUACGUGAACAUAUAUCGACAGAAUUGAUUUCAUGGAGAAAGAGAUCGAUUCCAAGGAGCCUAAACAGGAAUUUCACUGCGAAAUUGAUGGCUGCAAGCAGAGUUUUACGACCGAGGUGCAUCGAAACGUGCACACCAAAAAGCAUGACCUAAGUCUAAACCUGGAGAUGCCCCUCAAGGGAGCAGCGGGUGGGCUGUUUGCAGACCAAACACCCACCCCAACGCGUUUGAUUGGAAAGUGCGAAGAAGUUGGUCUAUUCGAAGACUUGAAGAAGGUAAAUCCGUUCGAUGAAACGUUCCGUCGGGCGGUGGAAUCCGGAACGGGUGGAUCACCACUGUCUGCUGAUCUUCAGUCCCCAUCGACAACAGCAUUGUCCGUGCCUUGUUGUCGUAUUGGCGAGGGAGAAACUCUGCAUACACCACAUAUUUUCCCCAGCAAUAUCGAUCGUAGCGCCCAUGACGAUCCUCCUGGGAAUAAAGAGAGUGUUGCUAAGCAACGCUCAAAACCCAAAGCCAGUGGUGCUUCACGCACCAAACAAGACCUGGCGAAGGAUGCAGCGGAUACAAACGCUGGACAAAAGUACCCGAAAAAACGCGCGGCUGUAAAACGUAAAGCUCCGGCAAUGGUUGAUAUUUUGCCAAAACCGGCCGUGGUACAAUCUUCACAAGUAUCCGAGACGAUUCCACUGCUCAUCAUUCCAUCCGGCAAACCAUCCAGCCAACUACCCGUGGCAGCAUCGGAUCCUAGCCCAAGCUCAGACCCGGUUCUGGUCAAGGAGAAACUGAAACAACAUCUAGCCAAGGUCCGCGAGUCUGGAAAGGGAAAGAAAGAAAAGCCAGUCACAGGCAAGCGAUCGGAGAGUGGCGAGGAAGACAAAAAGAAUAGCAGCAAACUUUCGAAACCAAUCGAUCUUACAAAAUCACCCGAUGAACAGGCCGAUUUGAAGCACGAGCGUUGGAAGGCGGCGGCUAAACGUUACAGACUCCGGGUUAAAAACAGCCAAGAUCAACAGCACCAGCGAAACAUUCAGCUGGAAGAAGAAAACUUACGCCUGCGAACGGAACUUGCGGCGCUGAAGCACGCACACCGCAACUGCUCCGUAAUGCGAGAAAUGAAGCUUGCCGCAGCUCUGGCGCAGGGCACGGCACAUACCAUUGCUGCCACCGUUGGCGGCAUACAGGAGCUGGGUGCGGGUACGGUCGUAUACAACAGCGUCGAUCCGCAGCAUCCAAUUUCGCUAUCCACUCCCCAGCAACGGCUGAUUACAUCGCACAUAAUCGAUAGUCAUUCGAUGAACCGAAGUCCGAUAUUUAUUGUAAUCGGUGCGGGGGCGGAUUCGAAUGGGCCGGUUGCAUCAAGCAGUGCCUUACCUGAGAAAGGUAUAUAAAAUCUAAAAGACCUGGUUUCAUUAACAUCUUAACAGUGAUUAAUUGUAGUUUUGCACUCGUCGCAUUGCUGGCCUUUCAACGAGUUGCGCCUAUUAAAAUGUUAUAUUUUAGUGGAAAUAAGUUUGAAAAGCAAUAAACAUUACACAUAGUGUAGAAUU